UUCUAUUUAAGUUCGGUCUGAUUGUUUAAGUUCGGUUCGGUCUUAAAAGUUCCUAAUUCGAUCAGGUUAUUGAUGUCUUUGUUUAGUUGAAUAGUUUUGGUCUGCCAGACGCAUAUAUUCAUCUCCUAAAGUUUGAAGAAAAGGUUAAAAAAAAAAAAACAAAGAAGACGCAAUAAUGGAGAGAGUGAUGAACAUCAUAAAGCCAAAGCCUGAUCCCAAACAACUCUUACGUGAUUGGCAACGUAAAUUACGACAGGAGUGUCGUAACAUCGAACGCCAAAUCCGAGAUAUACAGAAAGAAGAGAGGAAUGUACAGAAAGCUAUUAAAGAAGCUGCAAAGCGUAAUGAUAUGGUCUCAGCUAAGGCACUUGCUAAGGAAAUUGUUGGUUCUAGAAGAACAGUGAACCGGCUAUAUGAAAAUAAGGCUCAGAUGAAUUCAAUAUCAAUGCACCUUGGAGAGAGUGUUGCGAUUGCUCGAACAGUUGGGCAUUUGUCCAAGAGUGCAGAGGUUAUGAAGCUUGUUAAUAAUCUCAUGAAAGCUCCACAAAUGGCUGCAACGAUGCAGGAGUUCAGCAAAGAGAUGACUAAGGCUGGAGUUAUUGAAGAGUUUGUGAAUGAGGCAAUUGACAAUGCUCUAGAUUCAGAGGAUAUGGAAGAAGAGAUUGAUGAAGAGGUUGACAAAGUAUUGACAGCAAUUGCUGGAGAAACAGCUGCAGAGCUCCCAGAAGCUGUUAGGAAGGAAAGGAUUAAGGUACCUGCACAGAAGGCGAGCACUUCUCGCGAGGAAGAGGCAAUUGCAGAGGGUGUUGAUGAUGAGGAAGAAUUGGAGGAGAUUCGAGCUCGGCUCGCUAAAGUUAGAUCCUAACUGAUUCCAAUGACUCUUUUUAAAUGCAAUUCUUGAUUGAUCCGAACAACUUUUGAAAGUGAUGAGAACAUAAGGCAAUCCCAGUGUAUUGUAUAAUAUAUUAUAAUUGAAAUACCAUGCAUCACAAAUACACAUGUAAUCAUCAUAUUACCUUUUGUUUACGAAUUUUCUUUUCAUGGUAAUUUCUUUCAUCCUAAA